ACUAACAUUUGAUUUAUCGAUAGACCAAAUAUCGAUUUGGUAAACACUUGCACUUUGUCAAUAAAAAUAAUAAUAAAAACGUGAAAAAAUGACAGAAGAAGCUGAUUUUUCCGCGCUCAUAGCUGAGGGCAAGAACAACACCAAUGUGCGCUGCCAAUACUGCAACAGCCUGAUGCUAAAGGCCCAUGAGGGCGUCUACAGCAAAGAGGAAGUGGAAGUGCCCCUAAUGAUGCAGAAGCAGGACCGAACAGCGGAUAGCCUUAACACGGAGCCACUGCAGGACUUUUGGCUGGUCAAGGACAUGAUGACGUUCGAGAACAUUGGAUUCUCCAACACAGUGGACGGUAGGAAGUUUCUUGUUUGUGCCGAUUGCGAGCGAGGACCCGUGGGCUAUCACGAUCUAGCCACACGCCAUUGCUACCUAGCCCUGAAGCGGGUGGUGCACAAGGAGGCGUAGUAAGCUUAUAGUUUGAUUUCCCAUAUCAGUUUGCAAUCCAUUUUGUUUUUUAGUUAAAAAGUUGAGGAUUUGUGGCAGGGAAUAUGCAGUAUAGUUUGCUAAGAUUUGGGUUUCUCUGAUUUAAUUAAUUUAAUGGAAUAUUUGAGGGAGGAGAUUAGGAUUUCUACGAUUAUUCAAGGUAAAAAUUUCCAAAAAUUAAAAAAAAAGGUUCUUAAAUUUCACUGGUUUAACAAUAAAAAAUUUACUAAAAAUGUUUUAAAUACAAAUACUAUAUUUCCGUAUUAAAAAAUAUAUUUUUUUAAAUAUUAUUAAAUUGAUUAAUAAAACCUCUCACCUUUUUUCUCUUAAAUUCUAAUUAACUUAAAAAGGAACCUUUAACCUUAGCAAAUUAUACUGCCUUUAUCUGUUUAGAAAAAUACGAGAUAUAUAUAUAUAAAAAAAAACCCUCACCUUUUUUUGUAUUCAUAUUUAUUGUUUUUCACUUUAAACAUUUUACAAUUUUAUUGCAUUAUAAAUAUUGCAUUUUUAGAGGAGAUUCUUAACUAAUAAAAAUUGUCACUAUAAACUGAAUUCAUUUUGCUAUUCAAACUAAAAGAAUGAUGUACUCGGGGUUUCGCUUUGGUUUGUUUUUUUUUGUGUAACGUUUAUUGUUUAUUAUUAUAAAUCGGUUUUCGGUUUUUGGUUUUCGGUUUGCAAUUGCAUUGUUUUUUUUAUAGACUACGAUGGACAAACAUGGUUCAGUGGUUAGUGUUUCCUCUACGGGUAUGUUGCCUGCUACGCUCGUUCUUCCAGGUUUCCGUUUCCGUUUCCCUUUUCCUUAUUUUUUUUUUGUUUUGGCAGUUGGUUUUCAACAACAACAACAACGAGUGUGUGUGUUUCCCUUGGGGAGUGUGUGCAGUAGAGAUAUUUGGGGGCCUCGUAAGCGUGUCACAACUAUCUUUUGGGGGGUUCACCAGACAUCCCGCCUCCUCCUCCUCCCAAAUUGCUUGCUAAUUAAUUAUACUAUGAAGUGUGUGUUCUUCCUCGUUGAGCCUUUACGUUUUUUAAAUACUUUUAUUAUUUAGCUUUAGCUGUUUUGUUUUUUGUUGCCUUUUUUAGAAUUUUAAGUCUUAUGAAAAUAAAAAGUAGAGAAACUUAGGCAAAAGAGAGUGUUAACAUUUAUAGUUUAUGUUCUACUUUGUUUUAUUUUAUUUUUUAUUUUUUUGUAAAGCCUUAAUUUUUAACAUUGUGGCCUCCUUUGACUUUGUU